UAUAUAUAUAUUGGGUCGUUUUGCAUUUUUUUUUCUCUCUCUCUCUCCUGCGUUUUUUAUUCAAGAACAGAGCGUCCAGAAGCGAAGAGAGAGUGAGUGUGAGAGAGAUAGAGAGAGAGAGUGAGAGAACAAAACAAAAGAGUGGUGGAAGACAGACAGUACAGCACAAGUACAGCACAAGUACAGAGAGAAAUCAGUGAGUGAGUGAGUGAGUGAAGGAGAAGGAGGAGAAGAAGGAGGAGGAGGAGGAGAGGGAGAAGGGGCCACUCGCCAUCACGGCUCACAUGCAGCAGCAGCUGUCGGCCUGGGGCUCUCGCUGCGGAUCGCCAUGCUUCCCGACCGGCCCGAGCUACGCUAGUCUGAUGGACGUGGCCAACUUCUACGAGGCACCGGACUGCUGCCUCGGCAAACUGCACCGGGACCGCUCGGUCACCGACCUGGGGCUCGGGGACAACGAGAGCGCCAUCGACUUCAGCCCUUACAUCGACCCCGCGGCGGCGGCGGCGGCACUGGCGGCGGCGGCGGCGACCACCACCACCACCGGGACCACUACCGGAGGAGGAGGAGGAGGAGGAGGAGGAGGAGGGGGAGGAGGGGGGACCCCCACCGCCACCUUCGAGCAGCUCAACGCCGACCUCUUGACCGACAUCAUGUUGUCCGACGAGUACAAGAAGAAGCCGUCGCUGCCCGACUACCCCACUUACCUGUCGCUCAUCAGAAGCGCCUCCGCCCUCCCCCCCUCCUCCACCUCCGCCUCCUCCUCCUCCAUCAUCACCUCCUCCUCCUCCAUCUCCUCCAUCUCCUCCUCCAGACAGGGCAACAUCCUCAGCUGUACCCCCCAGUUCCUGGAGACCCGCCUGGAGCCCGUGUUCGACCAUCCGCACCACCCGCACGACGCCCGCAAGGCGGUGAAGCAGGAGUCCAGGGCGGAGGAGAACGGGGGUCUCAUGUCCUCCUCCUCCUCCUCCUCGACGACGUCGACCAUCAUCAAUCACAGCAACGGCCACCACCACCACCAUCAUCAUCAUCAUCACCAACAACAACAACAACAACAACAGCAGCACCAGCAGCACCAGGCGCCCUCGUCCUCUCCCGGCGUCAGGGCGCACCCGCACCCUCUCCCGCAGCCGCACCCGCACCCGCACCUGCGCUACCAGUGCGGGACCAGCGGCAGCAACAGCAACCUGUCCACCUCGUCGUCUCUGUCGUCCUGUACCCCCCCGGCCACCCCGGACUCCUCCGGCAGGGGGGGAGGGGGAGGGGGUGGGGGAGGGGGUGGAGGGGGAGGGGGUAGUGGAGGAGGGGGUAAGGCCAAGAGCAAAAAGACCCUGAACAAACUGAGUGAGGAGUACCGGCAGCGGAGGGAGAGGAACAACAUCGCGGUGCGCAAGAGUCGGGACAAAGCCAAACUGCGCAACGUGGAGACCCAACACCGGGUCCUGGAGCUCAGCGCCGAGAACGAGCGGCUCCAGAAGCGCGUGGAGCAGCUCAGCCGAGAGCUCAACACCCUCAGGAACCUGUUCAAACAGCUGCCGGAGCACUCCCUCCUCAGCACCGCACACAACUGCUGAACACACCCCCACACACUCACCCACACACUCACACACACACACUCACACA